GUUAUUUUGUUCAUAUUUUUUAUAAAUUAUGUCCAUUAAUAUACAAUAUAAAAGAAGUCAGUUUACAAAGUAUAACAUGAAUAUGCUCACGACUUUAAUCUCCAAUGGGGUAGUCAGAUGCAUUCAUCGAUUGCUGUUGUGGUGAACGUAACAUCCCUUAUGACUGUGGAUUUAAAUUUGGUCAACCAAAUAAAAUCGUCAAGAAAUCUCCGAAAGAGACAUCCAUAGAAUAUUUUACAAAACAAACCCAAAACAUAACUAUUCCAAUAAUGAUACAUAUAGACAGCGUACUUACGAAAAUGUUGGCAAAACAAUACAAGACAAAAAGAAGACACAACAUGAGGAAUAUAUCAAAAAAUUUAUUAAAAGACGUGGAGAAACUAUUCAAACAUUCUAAUUUGAACCAAGAAAUAAAAUUUAAACUGAUAGAUACAAAGUUUCUAAGAAAUAACAUGAAGAAGUUCACGAUGGACGAGAACGUGUCGAAAUAUUUGGAGAGUUACUGCAGUUGGCAAGGGGAGGUGAAGAUGAUGAAAAAGAAAUGGUACUACUCUGUCUUGUUGACUGGAAUUGAUGUUUACUAUAUUUAUAAUAAAAGAAUCAUAAGAAGCAGUACAGGUCGCAGCUACAUGAGAAGUGUAUGCAGUAUAUUCAACAGUUGUACACUUCUUGAAUGGAAACCAAAGAAUCUGAGCUAUUUACUAGCUCACGAGAUUGGACACAGCCUGGGAAUAACACACGACGGUCAAGACUAUAAUGAUUGCAGAAGCACCAAGCACAUUAUGACGCCUAAAUACAAUCCACAUAAUCAUCCGCAGACCUGGUCUACAUGCAGCAGGAGAGACCUGGAUAUGUUUCUCGUAAGCAAGAAGUCAUGGUGUCUGCGGCCAGAUUACGAGCUACGAUUGCAAGCACAUAUAUCUAAAUAUAAAUCUAAUUUAGAAUAUUAGAUAAUAAUUAUUGACUAAACAAGUUAAGAUUUAUUUAAUUAUAUAUUAUAUACAUAUCCUUUACUAA